AUAUAUUAUUUCUAAGCAGAUUCAAUAAAAUAUUUUCAUAAGCCCUUCUUCUUUCUCCCCCACUACUGGAAAUUAAGUUAUUUCCUUCACAAAACAAACACCAUGAAGCAAAAGAUGGUGAUCAAAGUGGACAUGCAUGGCCAUAAAUCACGCUCCAAAGCCCUACAGAUUGUUGUUGGCAUAUAUGGAGUAACAUCCGCGUCUUUAGGAGAGAAAGAUAAGAGCCAACUAGAAGUGAUCGGAGAAGGCGUAGAUGCGGUAAAACUAACUCGUUCGUUACGGAAACGAUUGGGAAAAUGGCCGCAUUGUACUUGCUUGCUACCGAGAAACAAAGCAUAUGCUGAGCUGAUAAGCGUAAGCGAAGUGAAAGAAGAAAAAAAGGAAGAAAAAAAAGAGGCAGCACAGCCUCUAAUAUCUUCAAUCGGUGGUUAUGGUAUGCCUCAGUUUGUUUGUCAAGAGGUUGUUAGGGACCAUGAUCCAUACCCUUGUUCAAUUAUGUAAGAAUAAUAAGAUGAAUUUAGUUCAUUAUAGUUGAAUUCUACAUAUGGCUUUUUAAUUAAUUACAAUCUUUUUUUAAUGAGAAAUUUGUAUCUAUGUUCAAUUUA